AUGGGUAUCUCCCUCAAGACAGUUAUCUCCCUGCUCCUCGCAGGCGCCGCGGUAGCUACCUCGAAAUCUCGACCACUUGCAUCUCGAUACCGUAGCCAGGCCAAAGCUGCCUCCGUCGAAAGUUUCAAAGAAGAUGCCACUGGAGAGACUUCAGGCACUUUCUACUUCCCCAGCUGGGCCGGUGCCUACUUGAAUACCUCCGACGUCACGAGCGCUACCGGCACCUUCACUGUCCCGACCAUAUCUGUACCCCCGGGCGGUGAUUCUUCUACCAAUUACUGCGGAUGUGCCUGGGUUGGAAUUGACGGUGUCACAAACCUCUGCGACGGUGCUCUGAUGCAGGCUGGUGUCGACUGGUGCAUUCAAGACGGUGUUGCAAGCUACUCGGCCUGGUAUGAGUGGUGGCCCGCCGAGGCGCAACAAUUCUGGGAUGAUGUUACUGUUUCUGCCGGUGAUGUGAUUACUGUGUCUGUUACUGCUUCCAGCACCACUGGUGGCAGCACUACUCUCGAGAAUACGUCUAAUGGCCAAAGCGCCUCUUACACCUGGUCCGGAGAGUCACCAGAUCUCUGUGAAGUGACUGCUGAGUGGAUUGUCGAAGACUUCACUAUUGGCGAUGGCAUGGUCGCCUUUGCGGACUAUGGCUCCGUCACUUUCACCGGCAACAGCGCUGUUGUUGGUGGUACUACUGUUGGCCUUGACGGUGCUUACAUUGCUGAGAUGGUCUCUACUACUGACGGCUCUGAUGUUAUCAGCGAAAGCACCAUUUCUGGUAACGAUAUCACUGUUACCUACCAGUGA